AUGGCAAGCAACCCACUGCCUUCGCUGCGAGCAGCCCUGGAGCCUCUAGGCAACAUGUACAUGUCUUCGAGCCUUCGCACACAAGGCUGGAACGGUUUCUCUCUUAGCCUAGCUUCCUUGUCGAGCAGCACCAAGUCCAUCGCUGCUCCGCUUCUACCGGCCGUCGGGCCCAUCUCUCUUUCGAACAUGGCACAAGCAAUCAGCUCGGCACCUCAACAGUUUGCGCAGCUCUUGCAAUCCAUCUGGAUCACCUGCUGCGCUUUCCCAGCCAAUAGCGCUGCUCAAUUCUCGCUCGCCGGAUCCGCAAACACUCUGGCUUGGCUAGCUGCAAACACCGCUUCCAUCAUCGUUGCCUUCUACAUCUUCUGGCACAUUCUCGAACCACGCGUCAGCAAGAUGCGAAGCGUCGAAGACUUUUUCUACUCUUGA